GGGAGAGGCCGGAGCUGGGGGGUUGCAAGGAGGCGCGGGAGAAGGCGGCGUGCCGAGAAAGCAGGGGCCCAAGAGCCGCCCGCCGCCUGCCUCCCAGGGAGCGUCUGGGUAGCUGGCCUGCCUCGCGGGCCCAGGGUCCCGGGUUCAGGGGCGAGUCCGGGUUCCCCGUCCCUUCACCGAGGCGGGUGGAUCAAGAGUCCGCCUUGGUGUAAGACAGCUUCUUACACUUGCUAGCCCUCCACUUUUUAGCCACCAUCACGGCAUGCAGUUAAUUCUCGUCAGGCUGUAGCAGAGAAGGGAUGAGGACCUCUGCAUCAGCAUCCAAGGGACCAGCUCUUUUGAUGCCUCUCUUCCUUGAAUGCUUUCAUCUCAGCUGGUCAUUAGAACAACUUGUAAGAGCUUGAACUUUAGGUGUUUUCACAUGUUCCAGAUCAUCCAUCAGAUUACCAAUAGGACUGAAGACAUAUUAAUGGUAAUGAAAGAUGUUGUCCAGGAAUUUGCUGCUGAUGGAGUCAAGUACCUAGAGCUAAGGAGCACACCCAGAGAUGAGCCGACCACGGGUAUGACCAAAAGGACCUAUGUGGAAGCUGUACUUGAGGGUGUAAGGCAAUGCAAGGAAGAUGGCUUGGAUAUAGAUGUUAGGUUUCUGUUAUCUGUGGAUAGAAGAGGAGGACAAAUAGCUGCCAAGGAAACAGUCAAACUGGCCGAAGAUUUCCUGCUUUCCACAGACGGAGUGGUGGUAGGCUUGGAUCUCAGUGGAAACCCUUCAGCAGGUCAUGGCAAGGACUUUCUGGAGCCUCUCUUAGAAGCGAAAAAAGCCGGGCUGAAGCUGGCGUUGCAUCUUUCGGAGAUCCCAAACCAGGAAGAGGAGACCAGGCUUCUCCUGGGCCUGCCACCUGACAGAAUUGGACACGGUACAUUUCUUCAUUCUUCAUCAUUGGCCUCAGGGGAUCUUGUGCAGCUGGUUCGGCAAAAUCGCACACCCCUAGAACUCUGCCUGACGUCAAACCUCAAAAGCCAGACGGUGCUUUCUAGCGACCAACACCACUUCGGAUUCUGGUACAACCUGGGUCAUCCCAUCGUGCUUUGCACGGACGACAAGGGGGUUUUUGCGACUGACCUGAGCCAGGAGUACCAGCUGCUUGCGGACACAUUCCGACUGUCCAAAGUACAGAUCUGGGAAAUCUCCUACAAUGCCAUCAACUGCAUUUUUGCUUCCAGUCAUACAAAGACGAAACUGAAGGAGCAGUGGCAUCAACUGAAAACAUCUGUGCUUGAAUAGCCAUAUCAGACCGCCAACAACUAUGGCACUCACGCUGCAUGAGCAGAGUGUUGCUGUUUUUAAAAAACAACAACGUAUUUUUUAUUAAAGAUUUCUUAGUUUACAAAAGUA